AAGACACGACUUGUGUAUCCUUUCUUUUGCAACAGUUAAAACUGCAGAUCAGAGAUAUCUCGACUCUUAGCCCUGACAGACGUACACAAGUAGAAGACAGAAUGGAAGCUGUUGGUGACGUAAAGGAAACAAUUAUUCUAGUGGCAUAGGAAACCCAAUUUUAAGCCAUUUGAACCACAGAGCAUCAACCGUCGUACUACAGUAAAAGAUUUACAGACAAAGCUUGCAAGCAUGGAUGUCAUCUACAAAGAGGGAAUGCUGUAUCUUCAGGGAGUCAAGUUUGGAAAGAGAACAUGGCGGAAAAUAUGGAUGAUGCUCUACAAACCCAGUUCCACAGGAGUCGGCCGGUUGGAGCUCUACACCGUACUUGAUGCUAUUACUGACCAGAGGAAGGCCGGUCGGCAGAAAACACCAGAGAGAAAAGUGGUGCGUCUAAGUGACUGUCUCAGUAUCACCCCUGCUCCAAAGGAGUCUUGCCCCCAGGGGUGUACAGCCUUCUACUUAAACACCACACAGUGCACCUACACUCUGGCCUCCUCAGCAAGCCAGGACUGGCUAAGCGCCCUCUGUCUUCUAGCCUUCCAGAAGGAUCCUGGAGGAUUAGACAAAGGGAGUUUGGAGAGAGGAAAUGGCUUGACCAUGGAGGACAAUGACCUUUACUCAUCUUGGAAAACUGAUCUGACCCUCCCUCCAAACCAGUACAAAGUGACAGUGCAGAGCACAGAGGCAUCCAGGAGGUGCAAGCUGGCUGGGGAGUAUGUGGUCUCCCCAGAGGAAGACGCUGUGAUACUGCUGGCCUGCAAUACUGGUCACAUCAUCUAUAGCUGGCCAUACAGACUCUUGCGCAAAUUUGGACAGGUUGAGGGGGGAUUCAGUAUUGAAGCAGGCCGUCGCUGUCAGUCAGGAGAAGGAGUGUUCAUCUUCCUGUCCAGGCACGGCUCCCAGAUCUUCCAGACUAUAUCGGAGCAGUGCUCUGUGGAGAGGAACUCCUCUGUCCAGCCGCCCAGCAUCAACAGAAGAUCAUUCUGUGACCAGUCUCCCAUUAACCUCCCAAUCACGACCAGUCGCUCUGCUGCUCCUCCUGUCUGCAACCCUGCAUAUAUUUCUGCUGACACGGAAGAUGAGUCUGCCAACCACUACUCUACUAUUAAUGAUGCCUCUGUGCUAAAUUUAAAGCAGCUAUCUUUAGUUAAACCUUACCUUUCUAACAGCAAGGAGGCUGUGGGAGAGGAGGGUGACGAUGAGGAUGAGAAUGAAAGGUGUCAUUCUCUGGAGGCUCUAAGCCUGGAUGAUGACAUGGACGAUGGCAUUUAUUACAACUUGAGGAGAUCCACUCCUCCUCUGAUCAGAAAAGAUCACUUCAAGCCUGUGAGAGACGAUUCGGAGUGCAUCUACGCGGAUGUGAAAGUAGUCGAUUCUCCCGCAAAGUCCCAGCUGCAGCCUUUCUCCUCACCCCUCCAUCAGCCUGGUCCCCCACCUCCUCCCUGCGCCUUCCCCCAGCCCGUUCCCCCGCCUCCACCGUGUGCCCUUCCCCAACCCGCUCCCCAACCUCCUCCCUGCGCCCUUCCCCAACCUGCUCCCCAGCCUCCUCCCUGCGACCCUCUCCAGUUCAUUCCCCCGCCACCCCCCGGCCCACCUCCCCAGCCUGUCCCCUAUGCCCCACCCAAGCCCAGAUACCAGCGUCAGCCCCCCGUGAGUAACUUCAUUCAGCCGGGGUUUGGCGCUCAGGCGCAGGCAAUGGAUGACAUGAGGGAGAUGGAGGAGGCCAUGGGCUCCUCUUCCCGUGUCACCCCCACAGAGGCCCCCGGCAGUUUUAAACACAGGCUGGCAGAAAUCAUUUCUAAGGACCUGGCAAAGUUCCAGCCACCUCUUCCCUCCGGAGCAGGCAGCGCCACAGACUAGAAAGAGUAAUUUUAACCAUGAUAGAUUGACAUAAAGCAAUUUUUUUUCCUUUAAAAACCCUUCCACUGCAAACAUUAGGAGCAUCAGAUUUUUUUUGGCUUGGCAGAUUUUCAUAUGUGUAUCUGAGUAGUCUGUCAUUUUAUUCUGUGGAUUGUUAUUGGAAAAACAGGAUUCAAUUAGUGUUGUUCCUCACUGCUGGAGAGUUUAGAGAAGCUGUGCAGCGGUGUAGUUAAUGUGACAUUGCCAUUAUAAUCAUAAGCUGAAGAAACACCUGAUUACUGGACUGUUCAAACAGCUGUCAAACAGCAGUCAGUGGAUUUCAUUUAGUUAUAUUUUACAUUAACAUUUUUGAGACUCACUUCCUCUAGAAUAUGUUUGUUCUUUUUCUUAAAGAGAAUAAAGAUGAAUGUGUCACAUAUAAAUCCUAAAUUUUGCUGCAACGUGGACAUUUUUGUCUGACUAUUGCUUUUUGUAGAUGGCUGCUUCACUUGGCAGGAAUAUUGAAAUGUAACUUACUCACUAUACAACAAUGUGUGUCCCUGACUAAAGUAUGAAAUAUACAA